AUGGGUAGAGGGAGACCCAAAUCGCAGGUGGCUCCAUGCCGCUUUUGCAAUAAAGAAUUCAAGCGCUUGGAGCACCUAACGAGACACGAACGUAUUCAUACUCGUGAGAAGCCAUUUAUUUGUCAUUGUGGUCGCCCUUUCUCUAGACAGGAUCUUUUAAAUCGCCACGAACGACUGUGCCACUCGCCCGCUAGUAUUGAAGAGCCGACUACGGCGAAUGAUGCUACAACACACCCUCAGCUAGACAAUAACACCCCCAAUGUUCAAAUGCGGGAUAUGGAAGAAUUUAUAUCAACCCCACAUGCAAAUUUUGGGGACACUCCGAUAUAUCAUACAGGUGUGGAGUUCCAAAACGCAAAUCUGCUCUCGCCUGAACCCUAUGCUCCUGUUGGUACUUCUCAUAUUGACGAUUCCCAAUUCCAAAUGGGCGUCGGUCUUGGAUUAACAGGUGAGCUGGAUCCUUGGAACGCUGAUGUGUUUUCCUUCGACAAUGUCGUCCCGUCUCAUUUCCUGGACACCGAUAUCUCACUUUGCGAUCUUUUUCAACAGUUCCCCCAACAAGACCAGCCGGCAGCUCAAGCAGAUCUUCAACCAACUGCAGACCAAGUUGGGCUCACAUUGCCUAAGGCAGUCCAGUUUUCCACGCCCGUAGAGACAUCGGACUCUCAAAACCCACCACUUCCACCACGGUUUCCAUCAGCCAAUGACCUACUGCACAAUAGCAACCUUGAUGCAGGGUCAGACACCGUGGGAUACCCUUGGAUUCUGUCAUCUGCGGCGUACAGGCAGAUUGUGGAAAAGGUGGCGCAGAGCAAAUCAAUUUUACCCGACUUCAAACUUCCGUCUAAAUUUACUCUCAUUCGUUACCUUGAAGGAUACUUUUGUGGCUUCCAUGACCACUUACCUUUUCUUCAUCCAGUCACAUUUGAUCCGGGAAAUAUUGAGCUUCAGCUAUUUCUUGCGCUUACCGCGUGCGGGGCAUUAUACCGCUUUGAACACGCAAAGGCCUACGAACUGUACGAUGCUGCUCGAUGUCUCGUGGACCGAAGCUUUUCCAAUUGUCGGCGCCACACCAUGGGAAGCAUGACAGUCGGGUCCCCUGCGAUGGAUAGAAGCAGAAACCCGUAUACCUCAUCAAAAACUUCACAUGCAUCCCAAUCCCAGUCAGCUGGAAGUUCCACCAAUAAUACCGAGCAAGAGGCGCAAUCACGCUUACAAAGAGCCCAGACACUCAUCGUUCUUAUGGCCAUGAGCGCCUGGGGAGAGCAACCACUUAUCCAAGAUAGCCUGGCAAUGGGAAGUCAGCUUGCCGUGCUUGUACGGGAACUUGGGAUCAGCCAGCCCGAUGAUAUGAGUGAUAUGGAUCUGACCUGGAAAACCUGGGCUACACACCAGCAACGCAGGCGUACCUUACUCGUCGCCUAUAUCCUAUUCAAUCUCCAUAGCAUUGCUUACAAUGUUCCCCCACUGAUUCCUUAUCAAGAAGUGGCACUCUGUCUGCCAUCCUGCGAGGCAGAGUGGAAAGUUAGAUCCCAGUCAAGCUGGCAACAGUAUCGAUCUGGGUAUUUUUACCGGGAGCACGCUUUUGGUACAACAUUGGAUCGUCUACUCCAGGGCCGCAGUGUUUCAGAUAAUGGCGCCAUCUCAGCUUUCUCAAACUAUGUGCUCAUACACGGACUCGUCCAGAAAAUCAACCUCGAGCACCAAACCGCAUGUUGCAUACUCUCUGACGGUCCCUCGAUGCGCCCAAAGCUACUGAAAUCAAUGGAGACAGCAUUGCGAUCUUGGCAAUCAUCCUGGGAGGCCACCUACGAAUCGACGCUCGACCCUUGCUCACCCAAAGGGCCCCUGGGGUUCAAUGCAACCGCAUUGCUACGACUAGCGCAUAUCAGACUGAAUGCCAACCUAGGACCCUGCCGUGACCUCAUCUCCGGCAACCCCGCACGAAUCCAGCAAAUAUUCACCAGCACCGACAUAAUCCGUCUCGCCCGGUCUCCGUCAUUAGACCGGGCUGUCUUGCAGUGCAUCCACGCUCUCAGCAUUCCGGUCCGCGUCGGCAUCCCCUAUUUGGUACAGACCAAAACGCUACACUGGAGCAUUCAACAUUCAAUAUGCAGUCUUGAAUGUGCGUUCCUCUUGACUAGAUGGCUGCAAGAAAUCGCCAAGGCUGUUGGUGUCGAUGGAAUGGCAGCGUUGCGCGGGGAUGAGCAGAAGCUGCUUGCUAUGAUAACCAGUCUGAUUCAAGAAACACAUCUUCAAGAGACGUUGGAAUAUCGUGAGAAUCUUUCAACGCGGAUUGAUCGUCUCGCGGCUUCAACUGCGCGGCUUUGGGCGGAAAUUUCUAGUGCUACCCAUGUUUUCAAUAUCGUGCAUCGUAUUGGGGUCGCCUUGUCUGCUGUUGCUGAUGUUCUCGAGUCGAGGCUCCCCCCGCCCUGUCUACCUAAUACCCCGUAG